AUGGGUCUUUUCAAUCAGUUCGUCGACGAACAAAUCCGGGCCAUUGAAGAAACAAAAGUCAUGGUGAACAAGCGGAAAGGAGUUAUCUCAUUCAUGAGAAUUUUCCCAAAUUUCUCUGCGUCGAUCGAAAGUAUGCUCUCAUUAGCCUCACAAGAGAGCUUUAAUAUACGUUCCUGUGUGAACGAUGCUUAUGAAAGAAUCAACCGUGCCAUGUGGGAUAGUUUGAAGUUUAUUGCCAAAGAGGGACCUGGCCAGCAACAUGUUGCGUCCGGAGGUGGUCAAGACCCAGAAGACAAAGAAGCACUGAAUUAUCAUAUUCUCUUGAUUGAGAAUAUGAACAACUACAUUGAAGAAGUUGACUGUCGCGAUAACAUGAUUCUCGCUGAGUGGAAAGAUCGAGCUGCGCAUGAUCUGCACGAACACUUGCGGUUGUAUAUAGAUGCCGUGAUCCGCCGGCCCCUUGGUAAAAUGCUUGACUUUAUCGAGUCUACGGAAUCCCUCCUCCAGACAGCUGCGACGCCGACCGAUAUUGCCCUCCGUGCCAGCCAUUCACGGAUUUUUGCGAAGAAACUUCUCACCUCGUACGAUGCGAAGGAACUGCGACGCGGUAUCGAUGCUCUGAAAAAGCGUAUUGAAAAACAUUUUGGAGAUGUAGAUGAUUCAGGCGUUUCACGCAGUUUAGUGGCAAAGGUGUUGAAAGAAUGCGAGACGCAGUAUUCAGAAUUACAUGAUCGCAUGAGACAUAUAAUUGAUCUGGUUUAUGAGGGGCAGAUGGAAUUGGAGUGGCGGAAAGAGGAGGCUAUAGCCAUGUUCAAGCGAUGA